GAAAUUGAUGGAACUCUCGCGAGAUUUAACAGACAUCACAUGGAAGACCUGUCUUUGCCUCUCACCAUGAGCGCGUGAGCUGAAAGUUUCCGCGCGAAAGAGUUGCAGUUUUCACCGCCUCUGUGUGAAACAUCGAAACCGCCGAGAGGAUUUCUGCCAAACUGCGCGGAGAACUACUGCGCAGGUACGUAGCUUCACAGUGCUAGCGUCGGCUAAAGCUAGCCGGUGCUAACUGAAGUGUUAGUUUUGUUCAGUAUGUUGGUGUUCGGGUGUUGUGAUGUCCACGAACCCCCGCAGACUCAAACACCCCCACUGCAGGAGGAAGCACUACCCCAGUAGUACCUACAUCACCCACGUCUGACGGCUCCACCCGCGGACUCCACACCGACCGAGACGCUGGAGCGCGGCGGGGGGGUAAAACGGAGGCCAUGUCUGAUUUGGGGGAUGGGUGUGAAAGCGGGGGGGUGACGGGCGCGGGGCAGGACUCUGAGGCGGACGGCGAGCCGCCCCAACCGACGGCGGCGGCGGGUGGAGAGGAGGGGGCCCCGCCAAGCCCCAAGCGGCCCCGGAGGAGCGAGGAGGAGGAGGAUCAGGAUGGGCAGGAAAAGCCCCCCCCGUCCGAACAUGAAGGAGCAGAGGGGGCGCAGCAGGGCGGAGAGGAGGAGGAGGAGGAAGAGCAGCAGAGAUGGGAGGGAUGUCACCAGAAUGGAGAUCCAGAGGAGGAGGAGGAGGAGGAGGGGGGCAGGAGUGACAGAUCUGCAGACAGCCCCACUGGAGAACAACACCUCGGCUUGGAUUUUACCCACGAUCCCCAGAUGCUGACCGGCUCCUGGACGGAGUUCUCCAAGUUCACGGAGAAUUACCUCAAAGGGUGCAAAUGGGCCCCCGACGGCUCCUGCGUCCUGACCAACAGCGCCGACAACGUGCUCCGCCUCUACAACCUUCCGCCAGAGGUGUACAGCUACAGCUGGGGGGCGCUCUCUGAGAUGAGUCCGGUGCUGAGGAUGGCUGAAGGAGACACCGUCUACGACUACUGCUGGUACCCCAACAUGAACUCUGUGGAGCCGGACACGUGUUUCCUGGCGAGCAGCAGCCGGGACAACCCGGUCCAUGUCUGGGACGCCUUCUACGGCGACGUUCGCGCCACUUUCCGGCCCUACAACCACCUGGACGAGCUGACGGCGGCGCACUCUCUCUGCUUCUGUCCGGACGGGACGCGGCUGUACUGCGGCUUCGAGAAGACUGUGCGGGUGUUCCACACCGAACGCCCUGGGCGAGACUGCGAGGAGCGCCCCACCAUGGUGAAGAGGCGGGGCCAGAACGGCAUCAUUUCCUGCUUCGCCUUCAGUCCGUGCCAGUCGGUCUACGCCUGCGGCUCGUACUCGCGCUGCGCCGGCCUGUACUCCUGUCAGGACGGCGCCCUGCUGGCUCUGCUGCCCACGCUGCACCACGGAGGCAUCACCCACCUGCUCUUCUCCCCCGACGGCAACUACCUGUACACCGGGGGGCGCAAGGAUCCAGAGAUCCUCUGCUGGGAUCUGAGGGAGCCCGGGAAGGUGGUGUUCUCUCUGAAGAGGAACGUCACUACAAACCAGCGCAUCUAUUUUGACCUGGACCCGUCGGGCAAGUAUCUGCUGAGUGGAGACACGGAGGGGGGGGUGUCGGUGUGGGACACCCAGACGGCGCCCCCCGAUGGCGAAGAAGGACUUCUGCAGCCUCAGCUCAGGUUCCAGGCUCACUGGGACUGCACCAACGGCAUCAGCCUGCACCCCUUCAUGCCCCUCCUGGUGACGUCCAGCGGCCAGCGGCAGUUCCCGUGGCCCGACGACAGCGACUCUGCCUCGGACACCGAGGUAGAGGCGGCAGCCGCCGCCCCCCAGCAGGAGGCGCGGCAGGACAACGCCCUGACUCUGUGGUGGGCCGGACCGCUCGCCGCUCCGGCUGAGGAGAGCCGGGAGGAGCCGGCGCAGACGGACUGACAAACGUUUCACCAACUCCAUUCCUAAAAACAACACAAAAAGAACCUCUUCUCCUCCAAGUUUACAGUUCGAACCCCUUAGUUUACAGUCAAACCUUUUUGUCUCUGUCUUCAACCGGAUUCUUAUCAAGUUUAUAUGAAUUGUUGGUUGGAUUGUGUGGAAGGAGUCCGAACGGUGCAUUUGCCACAUAAACCUUUGUGCCAUUUUUGUUAUCAGGCUUUGCUUUUUGGGAAAAGUUUUUAAUGUGUCGGACGCUCCGCGCAGCGCCCACCUGUGCCUACAGACGUAUAUUUUCGUAGAGCCGUGAUCAUUCUUGAAUGUAUUCACAGUAAAAAAACUCGCUUAAACCUGCAAAGUCAAUGUUUUCGGGGUUUGUGUUGUUUUCUCUGAACAGGGAGGCUGCAUCCAGCGUUGCUUGGUUACCGUGUUUUCUCAGUCCUUUAGUCGGACGCGGCGGGCGGGGCGUUUGCCGCCGGUUUGGCAGAAACCCGUCACGCUCCAGCGCUAGCCUUGUAUCCUCCCUUUCAAGCCCUCCACAGUUUCAUGUCUUACAAAAACUGCGAUUGCAUAAUGAAAAACACGUUUACGCUCCGCCGCCGCCAGGCGUGUGCCGCCACUCAGAGCGUGUGGAGGGAAUUGAAGUCGGAUCUUCUUUCUCA